GCAAAUAGAAAGGUCCGAACGUUCCCCAUAGACACGAAGGUCAAGUGGAAGGAUCACCAGAAUCCUGGAAGGAGUGGACCGGGGUCGCGGAAGCUGGGUAGUCGAUGGCAAGGGCCGUUUGUCGUCACCGACCGCCGGUGCUAGAGGGAGUUUUUCUCUUGCGUUCCGGUCUUCCUGUCUACGAUAACGAUAUAGUCCACCAGGCUCCUUUAGCACUUCACCUAUGGUCUUUGGCUGUGUCCUACUUUGGCGAAUCACGUUGUAUCUUCUGUUUCAUCAUUAUGGAACUGGUGAUGAUAUUUUCCAUGAUGCGAUUGUGCAACGUUUUUUCCAAAGUUCUACUGGCUCUGGAUUUGCGAAGGAAGAAGAAAAACACAGCGGGUGGAAUACAUCCAAGUUCACAGGAUUUGCUGGUGUCUGAAAAUUCAUUCACUGGUGUCCCAAUACGUGUACUUAUCUGGUUGUCCAUCCCCAAACAGGGGAAAUCGAGAGGCCGAGGUCGGGUUCGAACCCCGGACCUUCCAGUCAAUAAAUUCGUGCUCUAUCCACUUGAACCAUCUCGCCCCUACCGACUUUUUGGUUUGCCGGUCAAUUUUGAACGAUUAAUCUGCGAAUCUGUGUUUCCCGUGUCACAGUUACUGUUUCAACCCGUUUUCAAUCCUGGCAUUCGCGGCUCAGUCAACGUCGAUCGUAUGGAAUGUCAUCUGCGUGUGGACUAUGAUAACUUGCUUUCAAGAUCAGCUGUUUAUUUCCUCGUGUCUUUGUGCACUCGGUUGCUACCUACGACUCUAUCCGGGCUAUUUGCUCCUUCCCAUUUUGGCUGUCGCGUACGUGUACCGUUGACCUUGCCUCCCUUCGCCAAGGGCUUACUCAGGCCUGUCGGGAUCCGGCAACGAGUUCUGCGGACCAUCUCCUGCCUGGUUGGUUUCGUUGGCACUUUCGGUGGUCUCAUAUGGGGCAGUUACGUGCUCGAAGGCCAUGACUGGAGUUUCAUGAACUCUAUCUACUUGCAUCAGUUGCGUUUUGUCGACUGCACCCCACAACUGGGCAUCUACUGGUACCUGUUUGUUGAAAUGUUCGAACAUUUCUACGAACUAUUCAUCUGGGUGUUCCAACUCCUGUUGGCCUCGCUUGUUGUCGCAAUGCUGAUGCGGUUCUACGAAGAGCCGGUUUUCCUCUGCUACAGCAUCCUGCUCAUCACAAACGUUCUUCAACCUUACCACUCGAUUGGUGAGUUCGGCUACCUGAUCGCGUUGUUACCUGUAUGGGGAUUCUUGCAAACACAAUGUCGCCUCUACCUACCAACCACGUGUGUUCUCCUAGCCAGUCUGGUGCUGACCCCUCUGUUCCAUUACAUGUGGCUUCAACCGGGGACGGCCAACGCGAAUUUCUACUUUGCCGCCUGUAUGGUCUAUGCCGUCGGACAACUUGACUGUCAAAGUCGCCCGUUGUCCCUACCCCCCGAAUGCGCCCCAUCCCCGAGGACAGUUGCACGUUCCCAUUGUGUCCGACCUUCGUCCGAUCGCUUUCGUCCACAACCCCCAAUCGAUGAGGUCGAUCAAGGCACUGCUACGAACCGAUCAACAUCCGAACUACCAAGACGUCGGUCCUAUCCCAUAUCUCAUCCACCAUGUGAAGUACCAUUUUGUGCGAGCUGUCGUCAACAGGAUGAAGAAAUGCUCGCCGCGUCGGAGGAGAAAUCCCCAUCGCCUACAGGUGUACCGCCGCUGGAGGACGAGGAUGCGUCCAGGUCAUGGAUCUUUAAACAACUUCCCGGCCCCUGGUGGUGGUGUGAAGAUUGCCAGGCGUCUGUGAGCUCUCCACAAAUCACCAUACCUCAUCUAUUUGCUGUUUUGCGGCAGUGGACACCGUACGCGCAGCUGCAGCUGAUCACUGUGGUCGAAGAGAUAUUUCGCCGCGGUGCUCAUGUGGACGACCGGGAUGGCCUAACAGACAUGACAUUGCUUCAUUUCGCAGCCAAGUCAGGGGCGGUUGGCGACGAGGAGUCUGCGUGUCGUAUUGCCGAAUUUCUAUUGAAUGGUGGCGCCAAUCUGGAGGCCCGCUGUCGGUGGACAGACAUGACUCCACUUCACUAUGCAGCCUACUUCGACUGCCCCAUGUUGGUCGAACUGUUCAUUCAACGUGGUGCCCAGUUGGAAGCCAGAUCGUCAUUGGCCGACGACGCGACCCCGCUCCAUUUGUGUGCUAUUCAACUGUCGCUCGGAGCCGCGCGCGUUCUACUUCAUGCCUCGGUACAAUCCCUUGCCCAAUCGGGUGUUAGGUACGCUGGGAAGGAUGCCUUAGACGCGCUUGGACGAACGCCUUACGCAUCUCGUCAUUUCGAAUGUCGCAAACCUUCUAAUCUCCCGUCUUUUUUCACGUUCAUUUUUUCCCUGGAAUGCCCAGAUUGUCUACCCCCGGUGACGCAACUCGCUGAACCCCUUUGCUCGUUACGGGAUCGCCUGGCAGAGUUACUCGGCUCACCAACAAAGGAUCGGCCUGCGGGAUUUCCGAUUGGGAACCAUGCCGACUUUCUGUCUGACGGCAGAAGCAUGCCAGUUGAGAAUGGGACUGAUGUUUCCACAAAGCCUCCAUAUCAACCCGUUGCUACAGCACCGUCGACGGAAAACGCGGCUUCCUCCAGGCAGCCGACGCCACAACCCGACGGACUCAGCUGGUUGGUGGCUGAGAGUGGUUACUUGUCUCCUCGUAAUCGACGUUCUACUGCAUCGAACCCCGAUUCGAUAUCGCCACCGUCAACACGACCUGCAACCGCACCAGCUUCCCGCCAACCUGCUGUGAUCAAUCACCCUCUACCUGCGACAUCCUCCGUCUCUGCGAAAGUUACCUUACAGGCUCUUGGUCUCUCAUUGGAUGAUCGUGUGUGCAUCGGCCCGGGCAGCUCGGCCAGCUUAAACGGCUCCGUAGACCGUGUGAGUGUGAAUGGUCGAAUCGGUCGACUACGCUACUGCGGGCCCGUGGGUUUCGCCUCAGGUGUAUGGGUCGGUGUUGAACUUGACCAGCCUCUUGGUCGAAACAAUGGGACCGUAUCUGGCGUUCAGUACUUCAGCUGCGCACCCAACUACGGCAUUUUCGCGCCCAUUGGCCGUGUUUACAAGGCAGUGAGUGAUGGCGGCGCGACACAAAAGUGGCGACCCAUUCAGGGCAAGUUACCAUCCUCUGCCAAAAGCCCAUCAACCCGGUCUUCCACACAGAAACAACAGGUUGGGGCAACCAGCGACGAAGAUGCAGCAAGCAGCACCGACACCAGUGGAGGCGAAGGGAAACAUCGUCGACUACCCGUUUCUCGUUCUAGCUAUUCGCUUUCAGGCUCGAUCGAUCAGGAGUCCUCUAAAAUCAACCCACCUGUCAACCAGCCAAUCGAUGUGUCUCAUGUUACUGCCAAAGUGGAUACGGGUCUUCGCAUUCAAUCAUCAACAGAUGGGUCAGGUACCCAACAGUUUCAACUCGGUGAUCGCGUCUUGGUGGCUGGUCAACGUCGCGGUGUGAUCCGGUAUAUUGGAUCCACCGAGUUCGCUCCGGGCACUUGGUACGGAAUAGAACUGGAUCAACCUUUGGGGAAAAAUAAUGGUUCGGUGGCCGGCGUCCGCUACUUUCAGUGCCCAGUUGGACAUGGUAUCUUCGCCUCGGCGAAUCGUAUCCAGCGUUUGCCUAAUCGGCCUAGCACACCACAAAUCAGCAAACCAAUUCCAUUCAAACCCAACACCUCCAUGUCCGGGUCGUGGUAUGGCGAUCCAGUUACUACACCUAACGCUUUCUUUCUUUCUAUCUUUCCAGGUCUUCGCAUUCAAUCAUCAACAGAUGGGUCAGGUACCCAACAGUUUCAACUCGGUGAUCGCGUCUUGGUGGCUGGUCAACGUCGCGGUGUGAUCCGGUAUAUUGGAUCCACCGAGUUCGCUCCGGGCACUUGGUACGGAAUAGAACUGGAUCAACCUUUGGGGAAAAAUAAUGGUUCGGUGGCCGGCGUCCGCUACUUUCAGUGCCCAGUUGGACAUGGUAUCUUCGCCUCGGCGAAUCGUAUCCAGCGUUUGCCUAAUCGGCCUAGCACACCACAAAUAAAUCAACCAAUUCCAUUCAAACCCAACACCUCCAUGUCCGGGUCGUGCAAACCAAUUCCAUUCAAACCCAACACCUCCAUGUCCGGGUCGUGGUAUGGCGAUCCAGUUGGGUCCGAUAGGAUACGAACCCGUACAUCCUGGUCCACUACCACUUCGCCCAUGAUUGGCCGAGCAGUUGUGGGGCGUCCCAGUCUGCCCGCGGAGUUGGUGAAUGCCCUAGCCGCGGCAGGUGCGAAGCAGGCGAUGGCCGGAAAAGACGAACCCGCGUUUUACAUCACCGAAGGAAUGCAGGUGUUGUGCAGCGGUGAGAUGGGUAUUGUGCGUUAUAUUGGCCCGAUCACUUUCGCUGACGGAAUAUGGCUCGGUAUAGAGCUGCGAAAGCCACGUGGACGGCAUGAUGGAUCGGUGGCGGGCAAACGAUACUUUAACUGUCGUCCGGGACACGGCCUCCUCGUGCGACCGUCUCGCGUGUUCUGUCGCGGUAUCAACGCCGUCAAUUUGCUCCCGCCUGCAUUGGCUGCCAUCGAGCGCGAGUUGGCAGAGAAGCGCCAGGCCAACUCAUCCAGAGCCUCGCAGUCAGGUAGCACGGACGCGGGAUCUCGGUCCUCCUCUUCGACGGUACCCAACGGCGAACCGAAUUCUCCUUCAUCCUAGUCAACCUUUCAUUGUUCUCUCCGCAAUUCCUCCUGUCGCUUGCCAGUUUUUUCUUCCGUUCUCUGUGGUUGCUUCGAGUAUCUCCAUUGCCCAGUUUCGACUCUCAAUGCAUUUUCGUGAUCACCAAAGUGGCCAAUCCACUACUCUCAUUACGAUAGGCUAGUUUCCUCAAUCGUGCAAUGAUAAUCUGCCAUCUGUGUGCUUCAUUUUUCAUCUGCCCAUCG